CGGCCAACCCAAUUUCUAUCACCAUCUUUAGGGUAGGUCGGGUCGGGAACGGAUCGGAGUCGGACCGAACCACCCGCAACAAAUAUUAUUUGUUGCCGGAGAAAAUAUUCUUUAAAUAAAUACCCAAAAAAAAUCAGUAAAAAUGGGGGGUUUGGGGAUUAAUAAUAGCUCAUUUGCCAAUUUGUUGCUUAAUUGUGGUGCAGUUAUAAUAAUGAUGGUUCUUCCCAUGGUUAUGGGCAACAUAUUUGGAGAUUUGGAUGAGGCCUGGAGGAGGAGGCAAUUAGAAGCCCGGGAGCAGGCUCUCAACACUUAUGAGCCCGAUCCUUUUAAUGUCACUGUCGCAUUCAAUCGUGAAGUUCAGAAGGCAUUAUUGUGGAGGGAGGCCGUUGGAGGAAACAGUACCAUUAGUAGGAAAUUAUUGGGAACUAAAAAGUACACAGGUCCAUGCAACGCCACCAACCCAAUUGACCGUUGUUGGCGAUGCAACUCCAACUGGGAAACCAACCGCAAGAGGUUGGCCGACUGCGGCCUUGGCUUCGGUCGGAAAGCGACCGGAGGCAAGUACGGUGAAUUCUACGUCGUCACCGACCACACUGACAAUCCCACAGUACCCAAACCAGGGACCCUCCGUCACGCCGUCAUCCAAACAAAACCGUUGUGGAUCAUCUUCCAACGUAGCAUGAACAUUAGGCUUCACCAGGAGCUGAUCGUUCAGGGAAACAAGACCAUCGACGGCCGAGGAGCACAGAUCCACAUCUCCGCCGGCGCAGGAAUCACCUUGCAGUUUGUGAGCAACGUGAUCAUCCACGGGCUCUACGUCCACGACAUUGUGCAGGGCAGCGGAGGGCUUGUGAGGGACGCCUCUGACCACAUUGGGCUUCGCACAGUGAGCGAUGGUGACGGGAUAUCUCUAUAUGGGGCGUCGAACAUCUGGAUCGACCACGUAUCGAUGAGGAACUGCAAGGACGGGCUGAUUGACGUCAUAGAAGGGUCGACAGGGGUAACCAUAUCAAACAGCCACUUCACGGAUCACAAUGAGGUGAUGUUGUUUGGGGCGAGUGAUAGCUCGUCAGUAGACGCAAUCAUGCAAAUCACAGUAGCUUUUAACCACUUUGGGAAGAGACUGGUCCAAAGAAUGCCAAGGUGCAGAUGGGGAUACUUUCACGUGGUGAACAAUGAUUACACGUACUGGAAUAUGUAUGCCAUUGGUGGUAGUCAGCACCCCACCAUCAUUAGUCAAGGCAAUCGCUUCAUUGCCCCUACCGAUAGGUUCAUGAAAGAGAUAACUAAAAGGGACUAUGCAACUCAAGCAGAGUGGAGUCAAUGGACAUGGAGAUCACAAGGAGAUUUGUUCAUGAAUGGAGCAUACUUUGUUGAAUCCGGUGAUCCAAACUUCUUGCAAAAACAUCCAAAGUUGUACGAUGGCAUAACUCCAUUUAAAGGAGUCGAGGUAACAUGGUUGACCAGAUUUGCAGGAGCGUUAAAUUGCAAGAAAGGUCAACUAUGUUGAAUAGAAUAUUAUUGUAAUAUGGAUCGAUCGCCCACUUUCACGUUUUGAUUGAUAAAUUGUAUAUACAUACUUUGUAUGGAUCCUUUAACAGACACACAUGGUGCAUUGAUCUUCCUCAAAGAACUAACAUUAGCUAUAGAGAAAAUUGCCAAAAUGUUUCGCUAUUUA